UUGUUCCAAACGCUGAGCUGCCAGCACGAAGACGCACCAUGUUCAGGAUUUCUCUAAUCGUCUAUGUUUCGCUGAUACUUGGCAUCACAGCAAAGCCUUGGAAUAAACUUUCAGAUGAAGUCUUCCAGAAAGCUGUCAUGUCUAUAGAUGAGAGAGGUAGGCCAGCCUGGGCAGUGGCAGUUGAGCCUCCUGAGGAUAUGGAUAGGACCCACUAUGAUAUUGACCCCAACAUGAAGAUCUGGAAGAGUAUGAGAGGCAGUGGACAGGAGAAAAAAUAUCUGAAGGCUGAGGAAGACCUGGAUGAGCUGUACCAUCCCUCAACGGGUAAUCUCCUCCGACGUCGAAACCAAAACUUGGAUGUCCCCCCUGUUGUCCAGGCUGAGCCGCUGAUACCUCAGAUGGCGGUUAAAAUUCAAGCCAGGGUUCACCUUGAGCCUGAGGAGGACAUGGAUGCUGUGUACCACAAAGAACCAGUCAGGCCGGUCUUUCACCAGGACAACAUCAGAGCUGCCUAUCCUCUCAAUUUUCCACCUCAGAAGCACACUGAGCCAGAGGAAGAUUUGGAUAUGAUCUACCAUCGCUGA